AUGCAGCCCAAUCUCCCUCCUGAGCUCCUGGACUACAUCUUCACAUUCAUGAGGGAUGAUCACCCUUCACUCCGAAACUGCGCAUUGGUCAACCACAAAUUCUCCAAGCUGGUAGAACGGCACCUCUACUAUCACAUAACACUUAACAAUAGUGAAAAUUACGUUGGCCUUGGCGAGUUGUCUCCAGCCCAAAUCUCCCAGAUGUUUACGGAAAAAGUGCACCUGGUCUCGCAUGUCAAGUCUCUGCGGAUCGUCAUGGCCUCGUUAGGUAUACUUCGCUGGUUUACAUUGCGCUCAAUGGAGGACGAGGAUAUGGGGAAAGCGAUGCUAGUUCUAUCCCAGUUAACCAAAUUGUCGUUGUCUGGCCGCCAGCAUGGCAUUAUAUCCUGGAACCGAUUCCACCACCUCUUUCAGUCGUCCUUUGCAAGACUGCUACUGCUGCCAUCUAUGACUUCGGUUUCAAUACACGGAAUUGAAGAUUUCCCACUUCCACUGCUCAGUCAAUGUAAAAACCUCAAAUCUCUAUCCCUGCGUGUAGUGGAUGACCCAACCUUGCCUCUCCCAACAAUUCCUACCUCCGAAGCAGACAUUCCUAGGCUUGAGUAUCUGGAGAUUCUCGAGUGCACAUACGCCCUGCCAUUAAUACUGAUAUGGCUUCGGUCGCAAGGGUCACCCAAGCUGUGUGACCUGAGGGUGCUACGCAUUAUGAUCCAACGCCUCGGAGAUAUCUCCUACAUUCAAGAUUUUCUGUCCGCAGAUUGUGCCCAAUCUCUGAAGUGCUUGUAUGUAGGUGCCAACGAUAUAGCGCGCACAACAUACAAUGCCAUCGGUGAAAUCAUAUACCCACCUGACUCUGCCCCUCAUCGAAUUCUUGAUCUUUCCUGCCUGCCCAAUCUCCGCUCCCUAACACUUGAAGCAAGCGUCAAAUCUACAGCCACGUACUGGAUAAGCAGCAAUGGGGAAGAAGACACGGAGACUUACAACUUACAAACACCCAUACCGUGGAUUGUGGAGCACCUCCGCACGCUGUUCUCCGGAUCUUCUCAUCAUGCGCAGAGCCUGGAGCGCAUCAUCCUCGAGCUUUCAUUCGAGGUCGACAAACACGCGCUGACGAGGCUGGAUUGGGGCCCCUUGGCGAGCGUGCUAAAGGCGUCGCAAAUGUGGUCGCUACGCACAGUGCAGAUCCAGGUUGUUGGAUGCGAGCCCACGGGCGUGACGUUGGAGACGUUGGAAUUUGGAUUGCGCCAGGACAAAUAUCUUUCAGAGAUGGUCAAAAGUGGGCUUUUGGCGAUCGAUACGACGCACUGUCCUAAAGAGGCGGCACCAGUCAAGGCGUGGUGGGGAGUUUGA